GUAACUUCCUAGUCCUGACGUAUAUGACGAAUCUCGCGAGAAGCACAAGCCCCGUCCGCUGCUGGAAACUUUGUGGUUAGAAGCAAUAACUGGCAUUUAAGUCAUUUAAACAACUGUUUUGGGUGGUUCGUUAUUAUUAUUUUUUUCUAGAGAAGUUUUUGUUUGAUUUUAAGGAGAGUGUAUUUGUGGUUUGUGUGCUUGUCUGCGGGACGUACGUUAAUUUUCGUCUGCAAUUUUGCUGAGGAGGAGGCGCAGGGUCGCCGACAUGAGUUUCCUUUUUGGCAGUCGAUCUUCCAAAACUUUCAAACCAAAGAAGAACAUUCCAGAAGGGUCUCAUCAAUAUGAACUGUUGAAGCAUGCAGAGGCAACACUAGGCAGUGGGAACCUUAGGCAGGCUGUGAUGUUACCGGAUGGUGAAGAUCUUAAUGAGUGGAUUGCAGUCAACACGGUGGACUUCUUCAAUCAGAUCAACAUGCUGUAUGGCACAAUCACUGAAUUCUGUACAGAGCAGAGCUGUCCAGUCAUGUCUGCGGGACCAAGAUACGAAUACCACUGGGCAGAUGGAACUAAUAUUAAGAAGCCAAUCAAAUGCUCUGCCCCUAAGUACAUUGAUUACUUGAUGACAUGGGUUCAAGACCAACUCGAUGAUGAAACUCUCUUCCCUUCAAAGAUUGGUGUUCCAUUUCCAAGGAAUUUCAUGUCCGUUGCUAAAACAAUACUAAAACGCUUGUUCAGGGUCUAUGCCCAUAUCUACCAUCAGCACUUUGACUCUGUUAUGCAAUUACAGGAAGAGGCUCAUCUCAACACCUCUUUUAAACACUUCAUUUUCUUUGUACAGGAGUUCAACUUGAUUGAUCGAAGGGAACUAGCACCACUGCAGGAACUCAUUGAAAAACUGGGUUCAAGAGACAGAUAGAACAUGUGACAUUUUAAGCAUUAUCUACUCCAGCAAAUGUGUGCCCAUCAUUCCAUUUCCUAGUGUUCCAGCUUCAUAUUUGGUGGUUGACCCAUUGGGCAACAAGUGCAGUAGUGCUGCCAUGCACCUAAAAAAGAAAAGACUGUCUUACAGGUUUAUUUUAGAAAACUGUAUAUAAUACUGAGACAGAGCUCUUUGGGGGGGGGGGGGUGGAUAAAAAGCAAGUGCUCAAAAACAGGCAUAGUGUGUACUUAAGUGCAUAGAUGCAGAAUGUCUGCGCAGCCGUGUACCUGCUUCUUAAGGAACUUUUGGAUGGGGGAUUCUUGUGCUUUACCUGCUGUAUUUUUUUUCUGAAAGGGAAAUGUUUUGGAUAGCGUUUAUUUACAGCUUUUUUGGAAUGCCAUCUUAGCUGCUGCUUCAGUGCUGAGAAAAGUUAAUUGUGAAGAAACUGUGUAGCGUUCCUGGCUGGCAGCUUGUUUCCUGCCCAGAUGUUAGGGAAUGCAGUGCAUCUUCAGAGUUAAUGGGUCACACCAGUAGUUUGUUCUGUAGUGUUUAAUAAUUAUUCAUUCACAUUCAAUUCAUUGUUAAACCACUAUUUUAAGCAUGAGGCAGAUAGAAAUUUUAACAUUUCACACAGAUGUUUGUUAAAAAGGUUUUAAAUGUUAGCAUUUAUAUUUUUAACUUGGAUGUGCGUUAUGGUUGUAUAGCAAGUAGUAUAAAAAAGGCUAAGUGGCCAAAAGACUGUUCUGGCUUUUCUGUUCCUUGGUUUAUCUGCCAUGACUUUUGGCACACUAUAAUUUUUAUAGAUUUUUAAUCCAGUUGCGUGCAAGUAUUGGUUUGCUAGGUGUUCUAUUCAUGGACAUCACAAUGUACAGUUUCUCUGUACUGUAGGUGACCACAGAUAGUUUCUUUUGCUCUGAGUGCAUUUGUUUUCAAUGUACUUUUCAUUGAUCUUAAGGUGAAUGCUGUUGGGUCUCCUGUAAUUUUGUACUUUUGUUUGUAACUCCUGAAAAUAUGUUGCGUGGAAAUUUAAUAAGGAAAACUUUUGGGGGAAGAGUCCACACUUUUCUGAACAUAUAAAAUAGGUUCAUUGCUUCCAAAGGUUGGUUUGAAUAAUCCAUUUUAUUUCACAUUCUUGUCAGCACCAGUGUAAAGAAAGCAUGAUCUGUUUUUAAAGGAAAACUCCACCUAGAACUGAAAUCACGUUAUUGAUACUGUGUUGUACUAAUCUGUCAAAUUUGCUGUAUACUAUAAUUUAAUUUCUUGAAAUUUAGAAUUACCAUUGUGGGAAAUGCCAUGACUUUUUUCAACCUCCUCUUGUUUGCAUAAUGCAGUUUGUUUUCCCAUUAUAUGUUACAGCCUGCACAUACUAUAACUAAAUGCAGAAAUAAUACAUAUUUUCUUAACAGUACUGUGAGUCACCUGCCACUUUAGUUGUCUCUGUGAGUUACUAAAAAGUCUUUCAUGGACCAUUUACAUUUUCUUCCGUGUGUGUGUGUGUGUGUGUGUGUGUGUGUGUGUGUGUGUGUGUGUGCAUAUAUAUAUAUAUAUAUAUAUAUAUAUAUAAAAUGUGUGUGUAUACACUCCCCAUCUUCUUGCUUAGAUUUGAAAGUGUUGUCACGCAAGUCUAACAACAUUUUUCAUUUAUCUGACUAAUACUUUGUACAUCAGUGACCAUAUAAUGCAAAUGAAAGCUUAUUGUAGUAAUUCAUAAUUGCCUUAGUUAUGUGGAUAAAGGCAACAUUUUACUGGCCAUAAUGAUAGUGCUUACCAGUUGAUGCGCUGUUGUAGUUAGUAGUCUGUUUUCAUCAUGUAUAGGUUUCUUUCUGCAACUAACUUUGGCUGUUACAGGUGAUUUAGAACAUUUUACUUUUCUCAGGAAGACAGUCUCAGGAUGUCAACUUGUGAGCAGUAUUCAACAUUGAAAACUACAAAAAAUUGUAUGUUUACUCUGAGUAAUGCAGGCUGACACAUUCAUUUCUGUAGUAAUGACAUCUGAAUAGAGAAAAAUGCUUAGCCCUUCAUGAUUGCAUGGAGACAAAGAAACUGUAAAAGGUACUGAAAGGUUUCUAGCACUAAGCAAUAUUCAUAAGAUAUUAUUAGUUUGGGGGGGGGGGCAAAAUAAACUAAGUUUUUUGUAUAUUGAAGGGUGGAGUUGUCCUUUAAAUACACUGAGUGGCAUUUGAAGGAGGUAAGCACCUCUUUCUGCCUAGUUUGCUUAUUUAUAGUAGGCAUAAAUUAUCUUUUAAUAUUGUUUAGCACCCUGGAAUAGCUUCAUGGUUAUUGCCAUUUCAUGUUUUGCAGGCAUGUUUUGUGCAUGUGUUUGUAUGGAAGUCAUUGUAGUACUGUAUAGUGUCCUCUCUUUCACUUGAGGGGUUUCAGAUAGUUUUUAGGACAGAUGCACACAAACAUUGUGUAACUUACUGUUGGUAUUCAUUUUAUCUGAAACAGUAUUACCAUUACUUAUAAAAUGACAGUGGAAAGUGAAAAGGUCUCUUCUUGUUUCCACGCAUGAAGAAUAGUGAUAUUGGAUAUCAGUAUGCCUCGUUUAGGCACAUAGGUCUUCAGUCGUUGCUGGAUAUUGCUUGUUAUACAGUAGCUAUGAUGCUUUGUAGUGUUGUUGUGUGAUUGCAUACUGAUCAUUGCACUUGACGCGUCAGAACAUGGUUGUUUCAUGUGUUUUCCACCCCCCCCCCAUCAGUAAUAUGCAUCUUUUUGUGCCUUACUUGCAUAAUUUUGAUGAUCUUGCAUCAGAACCAUACCUUGGGCUUGCUGUGUUUCCUACUUCAGCUGGUCAUUUGCAGAUGCAUUAUAUUAAAAUGUUGCCUUGCUGCUGCCUAACACUGUGAUUUACUUACAACUCAUAGCUGUAGUCUCUUGGCUGGCACUUUAGUAAUGAACUAGUGACUUGCAGCAUAAUUCUCAACUGUCCCCAGUUUUGCCUCAUAUUUUUGCCCUGUACCUCAUAAUUUUUUUGUUUUUUCUGUUAAGUUAGUGAGGAUCACAGUCAGUGAAUAUUGCUGAUAUCAGUUUUAUGCUGCUUAUUCAGAAAAUGCAUGUUAAUGCAAAACAUCUUCUGUUACUCUUUUCAGUGAGAGUAAUUUAAAAAGUCCCUGAUUUUGUGCAUUUGUUCAAAGUUGAGAGUUCUGCUUAAAAAUAGAAGCAGUGUCUUGUAUCCUGGGCUUAAGUCUCCCAGUCUUAACAUUUUCUGUGUGACUUAUUUCUAAAGUAGACCAAAGCUCAAACGUUACCCCUAGACAAGGGUGUUUUCCAUCCGGUGGUCUUUAUGAAUUUAAUGUAGGCCAGCUGAAUAAAUGAAACAAAUAGUUUUGCAUCUGUCGACUUCAUGUCAGCAGUUUGCAGUAGAAGGUGUAGCUUCCUUCCUGCAGCUGUACUGAUUUUAUUGUCAUUAUGUACGUGAAACCAUUCUGUCAGUGCUGUAAACAGUCAAAGGGGGUUUUGGUCAAGGGAAUGCAGUAAUGGCUUAUUCAGCUACAAGUUCUAGAGGGAAUGGCUUGCUUACCCCUAUAAAGCGUUUCAUUGGUGGCACAAAUCUAACUGCAAGAAGAAUGAACUUACACCGUUAAAAGUGGAUCUGUAUUCCUAGACCCAGUUAGUUGCAUCCUAAACUGAAGAUUUGCUUUGCAUGUUUUUCUUCUUUUCAUACCAAACACUGUCUGGAAUUGUUUUAAAUCAAGGAAUAAAGGAGAAAGAUCUGUAAUCUUCCCGUAAA